CUCCUUUCCUACUAUAAACACAAGAUUACUAAAAUGGAGGCCGCCCUGCAGGAGGCACAAUGCAAAAUAAUAUCACAGGAGAAGCCUCACCCAAUGUAAUCCAGCUUCGAAGGUCCAGUACUCCUCGUCCGAUCGCCAUUACUUCUCCCUCGAGCAGAGUCACGCCGAAGCUGACGCCUCAGAGCAUCGGGUCGUACAGUGGGAGCGCGGCGUCGAGCAGCAGGCCAGAGUCGGUGGGACAGCUGACUUGGAACAGCGUGUCUCGAUCGGGCAGCCUGCUGACCCCCAGAGGGAGCUCUGUAGCCUCCGGGAGGAGCACGCCCAGAGACACGACCAUGGGCUCACCUUCUGCAGGUUCUGGAGACAGCUUCUCCUAUAGGUCGGCGCCCAGAACCCCGACCCUGCUGACCAUCCCGGUGAGCGGAGGGCAGGGCUCCUCGCAGGGAUACGGCCUCGGAGGUGCCGGGCUUCCCCCUCAGAGCUCCAGGCCUGCCCCCCUGGCAGUUUACACUAACCCUCUGCGGCUUGUCGGACUGAACAACAGCCGUCAGACUCCCUCAGUGAACGGCGAACCUCGACGUCCAAUUCAGUUGAAUGCCACACCACGAAACACCACCUUUCGACAGCCUUCCGUCCCGGCCUCUAGAAACGCAGUGGCAUAGGAGCAGCGUGGCGGGGGCGGCGGGGGUACCGCCCUGUGUGAGCCGCCACAGGGGAGCACGGCCCCGAACCCCCCCCCCCCCCCUCCCCCCGAGGACUUCAGCCGUGAAACCAGCGGCGUGCAGCAUGGGCUGCUGCAGCCGGAGAGGACAGCAGGCGGGAGGGGCGGAUGUCUGUCUGUCUCUCCCUCCUUUCCUUCCUUUCCUCUAUCUCUCUCCGCUCGGUUAGCACUUCGGGUGUAAGUCAGAACCUAAUAAAGAAGCUCGGUUUGGUGUGAA